GAUAAAAUGGCGCCAGCUGUUGAUCCGCCUGGAAAUGAAAAUGACAAUGAUAAUAGCGAUAAUUAUGAAUCUUUGGCAAAGAACAGAUCAAGAAGGCAAAAAGUUGGUAAGGCAGGAAAGUUUGCUGCUUUUGAAAAAUUAAAGAAAGCAAAGGCAUCUGGUGAAAAGAAUAAAUAUGAGGGCGAAGAAGAGAAAGAUGUGUAUGAAUUGGUGAAUGAAGAUCAGUACUCCAAGAUAGUACAAGAUAGACAAGAUGAUGACUGGAUUGUUGAUGAUGAUGGAUCUGGCUAUGUUGAGGAUGGAAGAGAAAUAUUUGAUGAUGAUAUUGGAGAAGCACCUACAAAAGAUAAUAAAAAUAAAGAUGAGAAAAAAAAGAAAAAUCACAACAUUGUUAGACCUGGAACAAAGCCUAAAUCUAACAUUAAAAGUAUGUUUAUGGCACAAGCUGCUGGUGGGUCAAAGAAAAAACAAGAGAAAGAUGUCAGUUUAGCUAAUGAUGAAUUGCUUGGGGAUUUAAUGGCUGAUUUACACAAAGGUCCAGAUGCUGGUAUUAAACCGGUACCUAUCAAACUCAAAAAGAAACCUGUAGGAUCUACAAAGUCACCAUUUAAUCCAUUUAGUACAUCAGCAAAACCAGUUUCACAAUCUUUGAAUGUUAAACCAAUUAAACAGGAGAUCAGACCUUCACCAGUACAGAACCAGAGCAAACCCUAUACAGCAGUUGCCAUUAAAAAGCCUCUUCCUAAACCUAACAUCCCUGACUCCAAUGAUUACGAUGAAGUUGAUGGAAUGGAUAUAGAAACUGUAGAUACGUCAGUACAAAACUGUACAGAACAAGAUGAUUCUGGUCUAAUGGAACUGAACGAUGUUGACUUUGAUGAGAAUGUUGAUGAAGAAAUGUCUGCGGGUGGUGAAAUGACGGCUGUUAAAGUAAAAGAAGAAAAAGAAGAAAUACCUUUAGAAGCUUUGUCUACUGGUUGGACAACUUUUAAGGAAGAAAUGGGCAGUAGCCAGUCAGAAAAAAUUACAGACAUAGAAGUUGACUCUUCACACUUACCAUUGGUUACUAAUGAAUCAGGUGACCAGGUUCUGAGAUUUUAUUGGUUAGAUGCCUAUGAAGAUCAGUAUUCAAAUCCAGGUGUAGUGUAUUUAUUUGGUAAAGUUUGGAUAGAAUCUGCCGAGGCACAUGUCAGUUGUUGUGUUACUGUUAAAAACAUUGAAAGGCGAAUCUUUGUUCUUCCCAGACCAACUAAAUACCUGAAGGGAGAAGAUACAGGAUCUGAGGUCUCAAUUGUUGAUGUCUACAAUGAGUUCAAUGAAAGAGUGGCAGAAAAAUACAAGAUUCCUAAAUUUAAAUCAAAGAAAGUUACAAAACAGUAUGCCUUUGAGAAAGUAGAAGUUCCUGUGGAAUCAGACUAUAUGGAAAUCAGAUAUUCUGCAGAUAGUCCUGCUUUGCCAUCAGAUCUGAGUGGCAAUACUUUUAGUCAUGUGUUUGGUACGCAUGUAUCAAGUUUAGAACACCUUGUUCUUGAAACUAAAAUGAAAGGACCAAGCUGGCUUGAUAUCAAGUGUCCACAAAUUUCAACACCACCUAUAAGUUGGUGUAAAUUGGAAGUAUUUGUGACCAGACCAGAUCAUAUUACUGUUAUUAAUGAUGCCAGUUUAUCCCCACCCCCUCUGGUUGUCAUGACUUUUAAUAUGAGGACACUGCCAAACCCAAAGACACAUCAAAAUGAGAUCAUUGGAAUAGCUUGUUUGAUACAGAAAUCUUUAGCCAUGGAUAAACCAGCACCUAAACUUCCUUUCCAGGAACACUUCUGUGCAAUUACUAAGCCAAAUGAUUGUAUAUUUCCCUAUGACUUCAGAGAUAAAUCACAAAAAGAGAAUAAUAUGAAGAUAGAACAGUUUCCAUCAGAGCGGCCUUUGUUGGGUUUUCUUCUUGCUAAAAUACACAAAAUUGAUCCAGAUGUAAUUGUAGGCCACGAUAUAUACGGUUUUGAUCUGGAUGUGUUACUGCACAGAAUAAAUGUGAACAAAAUACCUCAUUGGUCAAAGAUAGGUAGAUUGAAAAGAACAAAAAUGCCUAAACUCUCAGGUCAUCCUGGAAUGAAGAGUGGUUACACAGAUAAGACAUCAACAUGCGGGAGAUUGGCUUGUGAUGUAAUGAUAUCUGCCAGGGAGUUACUCAGAUGUAGAAGUUACGAUCUGACAGAACUGACCAAUCAAAUACUUCACCAAAAGAGAAAAGAAAUUGAAUAUGAAGAGAUAAGAAAUAUGUAUUUGACAUCUCAACAUUUAUUAAAGUUGAUAGAGUUGACCUUACUGGAUUCAACCUAUAUCCUGAGAAUUAUGUAUGAACUCAAUGUUAUACCACUGGCUUUACAGAUCACUAAUAUAUGUGGUAAUGUAAUGACAAGAACUUUAAUGGGUGGAAGAUCAGAAAGAAAUGAAUAUCUCUUGCUACAUGCCUUCACAGAGAAAAACUUUAUUGUGCCAGACAAGGAAUACAAGAAAAAACAAAUAAUGAAUGAUGGACAUGAUGAUGAAGAUUUAGAUGGAACCAGGACACAGAAAACACAAGGAAAGAGGAAGCCUGCUUAUGCUGGUGGUUUGGUUUUAGAACCAAAGAAAGGAUUUUAUGAUAAAUUUAUCUUGUUACUGGAUUUCAACAGUUUAUAUCCAUCGAUCAUUCAGGAAUAUAAUAUUUGUUUUACAACAGUCAACAGAGAAGCUGUUAACAAAAGUAUAAAUUCAGAAGAGGGGGAAUUGGUAGAAGUACCAGACUCGGGUUUAGAACCAGGAAUAUUACCAACAGAGAUCCGUAAACUUGUUGAAAGUAGAAGACAGGUUAAACAGCUGAUGAAAGGGGAAAUUAAUCAGGAGCAGUAUAUACAAUAUGAUAUUAGACAGAAAGCUUUGAAGUUAACAGCAAACAGUAUGUAUGGAUGUUUAGGAUUUACGUACUCCAGAUUUUAUGCCAAACCAUUAGCUGCUCUUAUUACUGGCAAAGGAAGAGAGAUUUUGAUGAAGACCAAAGAUACAGUACAGGCUAUGAACUUGGAUGUUAUAUAUGGUGACACAGAUUCAAUUAUGAUAAACACAAAUUGUACAGAAUAUGAACAAGUAUUUAAGAUUGGAAAUCGAGUGAAAACAGAAAUUAACAAAUUGUACAGACUUUUAGAAAUUGACAUUGAUUAUGUGUUUAAGUCCAUGUUAUUACUUAAGAAGAAGAAAUAUGCAGCACUUAGUAUAAAGAAACUACCUGAUGGUUCACUGAAGGAAGAAAAAGAAAUGAAAGGAUUAGAUAUAGUAAGAAGAGACUGGUGUGAUCUGGCAAAGGAAGCAGGAGAAUUUGUAGUUGGUCAGAUCUUGUCGGGAGAAAACAGAGAACUAAUUGUUGAGACAAUACACAGUAAACUAAUUGAAGUUGGAGAAAAAGUCAAAAAUAAUGAUAUUCCAGUGGAAUUGUACUACAUUUCAAAGCAAUUGACCAAGAACCCUGAGGAUUAUCCAGAUAAGAAGAGCCUUCCACACGUACAGGUAGCUAUGAGGUUCAACAGUAAAGGUGGUAGGAAGAUGAAGGCAGGCGAUACUGUAGCAUAUGUGGUCUGUGAGGAUGGAUCAACUUUACCAGCUUCACAGAGAGCAUAUCAUCCUGAUGAACUGGCUAAAAGUGAGACACUUAAAAUAGAUACCAAAUAUUACCUUUCAAAUCAAGUGCAUCCUGUGAUAGCAAGAUUGUGUGAUCCAAUAGAUGGAACUGAUGCUGCACACUUGGCUGAAUGUCUAGGUUUAGAUCCUAGUGGUUACAAACAUGCAGCCAAACAAGAAGAGAUGGAUGACGAUGAUGCUUUGUUAGGUGGUGUGGAGAUGUCCGAUGAAGAGAAAUAUAAAGAUUGUCACAGAUUUAAAUUUACGUGUCCUGGUCCUACUUGUGGCAGAGAAAUUAUAUUUGAUGGUGUUUUCACUGGUGCAGAGCAGUUUUUGGAAUGUACAUUGUCAAAGUGUCCCAACAAAGACUGUGAAGUGCAGCUAGCUGGAAUUAUUGAUCAGCUUGUAAAUCAACUUACCAAUGAUAUCAGACAACAUGUCCGCAGUUAUUAUCAGGGUUGGAUGAAAUGUGAAGAUACAGCCUGUGGAAUGGUUACGAGAAAAUUACCACUGACUUUUCAAAGAGGUCACCCUAUCUGUUCAGCUUGCAAUAAGGGUAUUCUACAUACACAGACUACAGAUUCCUGGUUGUAUACACAGCUUUGUUUCUAUCAGCAUGUAUUUGAUUAUGAGAGAGCAAAGAUGAAAUUAUCUGACAAAGAACAGUCAAUGGCUAAUACAAGACUAAAGGACUACAAAGAACAUUAUGACAUCUUAAAGAAUGUUACUACAAAAUGGCUAAGAAAAAAUGCUUAUUCUGAGGUCAACUUGACGAAACUGUUUGAUGGACUGUCAGUAUUAAAAACAGAUAUCAAAAUGGAAUCGUGAAAUUGUAUCAUGUUAACAUUUCAAACUACCAAAAUGAAAUCUAUUGUUUUUAAUUUUAAAUACUACCACCUCAGGUAAUGGUCAGUUUGGUAAAGCACUUGGAACAGUAAUCACAUGUAUAAAAGUGUCAGGCUAGUUGUCAAUAUAAUGAUGUACAAGAAAUCUUUUCAGGUGCACUUCAUUGAGUUGGUUAGAAUCUAGGGAGAAGUAUGCGAGUUUUACAUACUUUAAAUGCUUUGUCAAAAUAUUUUGUAAAUUUUGAAAAAUGAAUCCAUGAAACUUGCAUUGAAAUGUAGACUGUGAUUAAGUCAUUAUUCAAGUGAAAAUGCAUAUUCUGAUGUAAUUUAUUUGUAUACAGUAAUUCUUAUAAACUAAAACAGAUCUUUAAUGGUAUACCCAUUGCAGCAAAGGUCACAAUAACUAAGAAGUUUACUCUACCAAUUUUUUUCUCAAUGUUGGAUGUCGUUAAAAUACUCUUGAAGUUAUUUUUAUCGUAGUUGCUACAGUGUUCCAGGACUUUUUUCACAUAUUUGACCAAUUAGUCAAGUUUGCUUUGACCAAACCAUUUGAAAGUUUUACCCAAAAUUUGGAUUUAUAAAGACAAGAUUUGAUGAUGACAGGUGUAUAAUAUGCACAGGUGAUGGUUGUUUAACAUGAUUGGGAUAAACAUCCAGUUGCUUAUACUUCUAAUUUGAUAACUGGAAUGAGAGGGCAAAUUUUGAGAUAAUAAUUGUUCUAGUUGUUAACUAUAUUAUUAUACAAAUCCAGGUAGGAACACUAGAAAAAAUUACCAUUAUCCAAUUGGUUAUUCAAGGAAUAGCAUAUACCACAAUGUCUAUGUAGGAAUAGGAAAUACCACAAUAUUUCCUGUUUUAUUGUUGAAUGAAUAGAAAAUACCACAAUGUGUUCUGUGUAGGUAGAGGAAUAGAAAUACAGUGUGUUCUGUUGGACUUUUAUGAAAUAGAAAAUACCACAAUGUGUUCUGUUUAGGUAGAGGAAUAGAAAUACAGUGUGUUCUGUUGGACUUUUAUGAAAUAGAAAAUACCACAAUGUGUUCUGUUAAAUUGUUGUAGGAAUAGAAAAUACUUAAAUGUGUUCUGUGUUGGUAAACAUAAAGAAAAUGCCAUAAUACCAUAAUGUGUUCCGUUCUAAUGUUUAAUCAGUCAAUACAGUAGCCUUUUCAGUGAUGUGUUUUGUUUUAUUUGUUCGGUAAUAGAUAAUAUCACAAUGUGUUCAGGGACUACUAUGAUAUAUAUUAAUUGUUAGGGAACAAAUAAACUACCAUUUAUACUUGAUAUCGUCAGUGAAGAAAAGUAUUGCUUGCUUUCUUUUGAUUUGUUUGUUGGUCACUUUACCAGCAUUGUAUUUAAGGUACAAAUACUUUCAGAAAAACUUUCUUGCUCUUGAUAGUUGUAUAUUGUAAAUAUCAUUUUCAAAAUAAUUAUUCAUGGAUUGAAAGUAUUGCCUACAGUUUAUUGCUCAGGAAAGAAAAACUGCUUUGAAUAUUUGCUUUGUAUUUUUAUAUGAAAUUGUGUUUUCAAAUCAUUAUUAUUCAGGAACUUCCACAAUGUGUUCAGUUUUUGUUAUUCCAUAUUUUUGACAUAUUGUAUUUUUAUUACAUAAAAAGAUGCAGAAUCCUACAAAAUAGUACAAUUGUUUGAAAAAGGGUCUUUUCUUUUAGGUUUAUUAUUUUUACCAAAUUAUCACUUAAAUAAAAUAAAAUGUGUUGUUAAAUAAGGUAAAGUCUGGAUGUACAAUUAAGCUUGAGAGAAUACAAGAAUAAAUCUAGCAGCUAAUCUGAGGCAGAAACAGCUGAUUUGUGGAUUGAAAUUGUGUAUUGAGUGGUUAAAUUCAGUAUGAAUGGCCUUAUUUAGUUUUAAAUACAGGUAAGGCUUGACAUGUGAACCCCUUCACUUUUUUUUCAGUUAUGAUUUAAAAGGGAUAUUUUUGAUGAAUUUAAGCGCUCUGGAGGGAAAAUUUUAAGUUCAAUAAAAGUUUUACCUAUGUCCUUUAAUAUAACACUUUCAUUCUAUUUUUCUGUUCUUGUUUAUAUUUAGCUGAUCUUUGCAUGCAGAUAUAUAUUACUUGGGUACAUAUAGAGUUUUUGUUUGAUUUUGAAUAUAAUUUGUUUUAGAUUUAUGGGCUUUUUAUAUACAAAAUAAAAUGAAAAUUGGGCUAUUCUAGUACUUUUUUCUUUCCAUGUUUUCAAAUAUUGAACUGAUUUUUGGGGGUAAUGUAGGGUAGUUGAAUUUGUGAAUUGCAUACUAUACUUGCUUUCAUUUUGGUUGACCUACUCAAUUUUAGUACAUUUUGGAAAUUUAGUGAACUUUUUGCAAUCUUGUGGUUUACUUUUAUAAUUAUGGCAGCACACAAACUAAAAUUCAUAUUUUUGAUAAUUAUUAAACUGUAGAUAUUUAAAAUUUCUAUUUAUGUUUGUGUAAAUUGUUCUAUAUUUGUCUUUAUACAAUAUAAAAUUGUCAAAAUUACUUAUAGAUCUGUAUUUUUAGAUGCAAUAAAUAUAAUUAAAAUUGCACUUUUAA